AUGAGCGAGCUCCAUAAGUCCUUCGCCAAGUCGCAACUCGGCAAGCUGCCCCCUGAAGCGCCCACCCUCGAAUCAAUGUCCGAGGAUGCUCCGGAUGAGGAUGUCUCUUCUGUCUCAUCUACAUCUUCCACAGGGACGCUAGUUCCUUCGCCUACCAGACAGCUGUUUGCCCGGGCGGGCCGCAGAUCAUCAUCACAAUCAUCUUUGACAUGGACCGACUUCUUCGCCCAGGAGCUUUUCAUACCCGAAGAAGUCGACAACCUCCGCAUUUUACACCAUGUCUAUUUGACACCGCCUACAGGCUCAAGCCCGUUGUUUGUUAUGCAUCAUGGUGCAGGCUCUUCAGGUUUAUCAUUUGCGGCCUGCACAGAAGAAAUCAGAAAGAUCCUCCCCAAGGCGGGGGUCAUGUCCAUUGAUGCCAGAAGCCACGGUCGGACGAUGAUGACACCCAAAAGUGGACCAAAAGGCCCGGACAAUCCGUCCACCGCAGAUUCAAUGAAAGCUGAAGCUGAUGGUCAUAUUGAGAUCGAUCUGAGUCUCGAAACCCUCAGUCGGGAUCUUGUGUAUAUGAUUCGCCAAACUCAGUCAAGGAUGGGCUGGGAAUCUCUUCCAGACAUUGUGCUUGUCGGACAUAGUCUAGGGGGUGCGGUCAUCACAGAUGUGGCGAAGAAGGGCGAGCUUGGGUCGAAGUUGCUGGCGUAUGCAGUACUAGACGUGGUGGAAGGAUCGGCAAUGGAUGCCCUUCAGAGCAUGGAGAAAUACCUCUCAACACGACCAACCCGAUUCCCAUCUCUUGCAUCAGGAAUCGAAUGGCACACGCGCUCCCGCACUAUUCGAAACACUAUAUCUGCUCGUGCAUCCGUGCCAUCGCUUCUCUACGAAGAGACUGAGCCCGCCGACCCGGGCAAGCCAUGGGUCUGGCGCACUAAUUUGUCUGCAACGAAGCCAUUUUGGGAGAAUUGGUUCGUCGGGCUGAGCCAAAAGUUUCUUGAAGCACGAGGCGGAAAGCUACUCUUGCUUGCGGGGACGGACCGACUAGAUAAGGAGCUGAUGAUUGGACAAAUGCAAGGCAAAUAUCAACUCCAAGUUUUCCCUGAAGCUGGUCAUUUCAUCCAGGAAGAUCAACCUGCCAAGACGGCACAAAUACUGGCUGACUUUUACAAGCGCAAUGACCGCAGUGCAUUGGUGCUGCCACCAAAGGUGGCCGAUAUGCAGGCUGCGGCAGCGAUGAAGAAAGGGACUGGUGCUGGUGGUGGCAGCGGUCAUUUGCAAUAA